GCCAGGAAUCCGCUUACUGAGCGUCCACGCUGAAAAAACACAGGGAGCUCUGCGUUUCACUUGAUAAUUGUCGAAGCUGCUCUCUGUGCCAACUGCCAAGUAAGCGCGACAGCAGCACGGCUCUGUGGGCUUUCUGCAAACCGGGCAGGCGUUUCAUUCCCGUUUUGUUUGUUUUGCUCUGGAAGUAUUACUAGUAUUAUUAUUUUUCUUCUUUCUUUUUUUUUAACACAAGGACGUUUUCUGUACGCGAAGAGCGACCUCGACUUUAGUAGACAUGUGUAUGAGGCAACACUGUCAAUUUAAGACCUUCCUCGCCGUUUUGGUUCUUGCUGCUGCGAUGGUCAAAACACAAGGACAAGACAACAAAGCAUCCAGUCCUCAGGAGGAAGGCAACACCGUCAACCAGAAGACACUUGACCCAGGCAGGGCUCACUUCACACACUCAUCGACACAGGACACAGAGAGCGAAGUCCACUCAUUCACUACAGUCUCCCCGAUAAACGUACCCAACCACCGGCCUGUCCUUAAGGGCCUGCUGCUACAUGAGUACCUACUCACGAGGGACUUCCAGGGAGACCAGCACUUCUUCAGGAAGGAUGGCUCUCCGGCUGGUUAUCCCACAGUGCCAGGCUCUGCUCCAGACUCAGGAGACCCUGUCACGCAGCUCGUGCCCCAUGAGGACGUUCCCGCCUUCUCAGAUGUUGCCACCACUGCCACUGUGGCCGCCACCACCCCGCUGACCACAUUUGCUCCCACAACACCAAGGCUGCCUGUGUCUCUACCACAGAAGAAGUCCUCCAAGGACAAGAGCAAGGGGGAAGAGAGGGUAGCAGCAACCACAGAUUGCCUGACUACUCCUGUGACACAAACUAGUGGCGCUGCUGUCACUGAAAACAAACCUGUGGCCGCUUCCGCCCAGACAAGUGGCUCUCAAAGCCGGAGCGCUGUUCAUGAGGAAACCGCCCUUGCCCCCACCUCUGUGAAGAUAGAAAAAGGAGGCGCUGAGGAAAUGGCAUUAAAAAACAGCCCUGAUCAUCAGCAUCUCAACCUGACCUCAGCAUCCCAAGUGGAAGUCGAUAAAAGAGCCACGACCACUUCCACCACCAUCACAACCACCACCAUUACCAUCAUGCAAACAUCAGAGCCUUGUAGUCUGAAUUUCACUGACCCUGAGGGUAACAUCGAAAUCCUGCAGCAACCUGACUCUGGAGUGGAGUGUAACUACUUGGUGACCGUCUACCUGGGAUACGGCAUUGAAGUUCAGGUGCUAAAUGUGAGUGUGUUGGAGGGUGAGCAGGUGACAGUCGAGGACACCGGGGGCCGAGAACCCUCUAUUCUUGCCAACGAGUCGGUCCUGAUGAGAGGCCUGGUGCUGCGUAGUUGGAGCAACCAGAUCUCCAUCCGUUUUCGCAGCGACCAUCAGCCAAACUCUGGAUCGCUGCUGUUGCAUUACCAAGCCUUUGUGCUGAGUUGUGCAUUCCCCAAAGAACCUGCUGGUGGAGAAGUGUCAGUGACUCACCUCCAUGCUGGUGGGGAAGCCUUCUUCCACUGUUUCACCGGCUACAGGUUGCACGGCCCCAAAAUGCUUACUUGUCGCAAUGCUACCACGCCUUACUGGAGUGGAAAAGAGCCCAGAUGUGUGGCAUCCUGUGGAGGAAUGAUAAAAAAUGCCACCUAUGGCCGCAUUGUCUCUCCUGGUUUCCCUGGCAACUACAGCAACAAUCUGACAUGCCACUGGGUACUGGAGGCCCCUGAGGGCCACCGGCUUCAUGUUCACUUUGAGAAGGUCGCUCUGGCAGAGGAUGAUGACAGGCUGAUGAUUAAAAACGGGAACAACAUUGACUCUCCUCCUGUGUAUGACUCCUAUGAAGUGGAGUACUUGCCGAAUGAGGGUGUGUUCAGCACUGGACGCUACCUGUUCAUAGAGUUCACCACAGAUGGAACAAUCACGUCCACUGGUGCAGCCAUCAGAUACGAAGCUUUCGCUAAAGGAAUGUGCUAUGAGCCCUUUGUGAAGUAUGGCAACUUCAGCAGCAGCGACUCCACCUACAGUGUGGGUGCAGUCGUUGAAUUCUCUUGUGACCCAGGCUACACUCUGGAGCAAGGCUCUGUCGUUAUCGAGUGUGUGGAUGCACAAAACCCACAGUGGAAUGAGACUGAACCAGCCUGCAGGGCCGUGUGCAGCGGGGAGAUCACAGACUCUGCCGGUGUGGUGCUUUCUCCUAACUGGCCUGAGGCCUAUGACAAAGGGCAGGACUGCAUUUGGGGCAUCCAUGUGGAAGAGGACAAGAGGAUCAUGCUAGACAUCCAAGUUCUUCGUGUUGGUAAGAAUGACCUUCUGACCUUCUACGAUGGAGAUGACCUGACAGCAAAUAUCAUGGGUCAAUACAGCGGCACCAAGCCCCACUUCAAGCUCUAUACUUCCAUGGCCGAUGUCACCAUCCAGUUUCAGUCAGAUCCCGCCACCAACAUCUACGGCUACAACAACGGCUUUGUGGUCCACUUCUUUGAGGUGCCAAGGAACGACACCUGCUCUGAGCUGCCAGAGAUCGCUAAUGGCUGGAAGAGCACAUCCCACCCUGACCUGAUCCACGGCACCGUGAUCACCUACCAGUGUUACCCUGGAUACGAGCUGGUCGGCUCAGAGAUCCUCAUGUGCCAGUGGGACCUCACUUGGAGUGGGGAUGUGCCGAGAUGUGAGGAAGUCAUGACGUGCCAGGACCCGGGGAAUGUGGAGCACAGUCGGAAGGUGAUCACAGGCAGCCGCUUCACAGUUGGAUCCACCGUGCAGUACAUCUGCAAUAAAGGUUACACCCUGUCUGGCAGCAGCCUGCUCACCUGCUACAACCGAGAUUCAAACACCCCCAAGUGGAGCGAGAGGCUGCCCAAGUGUGUCCCUGAAAAGUAUGAGCCAUGCAGGAACCCCGGUGCUGCCUCCACUAGUGUGCAGAGCUCUGAAAAGGCCUUCUACCAAGCAGGAGAGAUGCUGACCUUCUCCUGCCACACAGGCUACGAGCUGCAGGGGGAGCCGACCAUCCACUGUAUCCCAGGACACCCAUCACAGUGGAACAGCACACCCCCUGCCUGCAAAGCAUCCUCAACCCAAUAUGUGAACGAACGCAGGCUGGAUGUUGUUAAUUUGGACUACGGCAUGGAAGGCACCAAUGUUGCCCUUGCUGUUUUCAUUCCGACCGCAAUCAUCCUCGUGGUUGUUGUCGGGAUUUAUGUCUACUUUGCAAAACUCCAAGGGAAGUCUAUCAGGAUGCCAACGUCCUUGCCGCCAUAUGACAACAUGACAGAGGAGUCGGCUUUUGACAACCCCAUUUAUGAGAGCGGAGUAAGUACAGAUGUCAUGAAUCUGCAAGAUGUAGAUUCACAGAACACCAGCGUGCUGUCCUGAGCCAUUUCCAUCUGGCCGUCCGCCUGCCUGUCAUCUCAUGUUUCACCAGCAGAGGGGACCCUUCACCUCACUUUGCAUUAUCACACCAGGAAGCACCUUGCCCUGAUUAAUAACUUUCAUCACUUCACCUGCCCACCACAUCUUGAGAUCAGAAAUCAUUUUCAUCCUGGAUUUCCACACCCUCAUCUUUUGUUGGAUGUCAGACUGUUCAGCAUCAUGAUAUGGAUUUCCAUACAAUUCCUCCCAUCAUGUGUUUUUUCAUCUAUCAUCUAUAUUUAAAAAAUCCAGUAUGUUUUAUGUUGUAAUCCUACCAGUUGUGUAAAUUCAGAUAAUAUUGAGAUGCAAAUAAUCAAAUGCGGUUUGUGAACACGUAAUAUUUUUUGAGGAAUUUCAUUUUUGGGUGUUACUAUAGUGUUGAAUGAGCUAACACAAAUGACAAUUGGCCAUUAGCUACAAUCCAAACUUGAAAUCUGUCAUUGUGUUUACAACAUAGUUUUCAUAGAAAAUUUGAUUCAUCAGGAGUUUUCAUAAAGAAAACAUCACAAAAAGUUAAAACAAUGAAACAACAUACAUCUUAAUUAAUUCAAGCAUUGUAAAAACAAAUUUAGGAUUAAUUUAGUGCAUGCAACACCAGCAUUUCAGCAUGGAGUAACUUGAAGAUAAAGGCUGUGAACAAAGAUUUAUUAAUUUGAAAUGAAUAAUGUCCCCUACAUGCAAAUAAGGCGUUAUUCUCUCAUUUGGAUUGCUAAAGUUGAACUGCCUCCGCUCGCACAAGUAAUUAUGCAAUUCAACUAGUUUAACUUUUCCAACUUGAAUUUUUUUUUUCUUGAAAUAGACUAUUUUCAUAUGUGAGAUGACUCACUCAAAAGCAUAUUCCACAGUCAACUAUUUAUAGCCGUACGCUGUACUGUGAAUAGUGAAUAUAUGAAUAUGGAUAUGAACAUGAAUAUUGCUCUCUCGUUCACUUUUCUUCCAUGUGCUGGUCUCCGUUUUGACUGGGACAUCCUCUCCCCUCUUUCCCUACUCCCUCAGCACUGGCAGACAUAUUCUAGAUACUAAAAUCUAUAUUUGUUUGUCCCACUUUGGCUGUACUGCAGAAGAACUAUGAGGUGAGGUCUCCUUCUGGUGGUGACAGUCAACCAUAAAGAGCUCAUCUCGCCCUCUGUCACGUGCCCCUGCAGCCAUAGUUUUGACUACCUCUCCCCAACCUCCCACCCAUUCUGGUGAUCUUAUGUCAGCACAGAGCUUCAAUCAGCACUGUGCACAUUCAUGAAUUUCUCUGUAACUGACCCUACAAAUGUUCUUCUGCUUUUUCCUCCUCUUCACUGUUAAAAUAAAGUGUGUUGAACUGAGUUUGAACUGCCCACAACUAUGGAGUCCAAACACACGUCUGGUAUUUACACAGAGGUGUGCCACAACUUGGUGUGAGUUUUGAGACACAAUAUUGGCGCAAAGAAGCAAUGUAGCCUUGCAAUGAACACAAAGUGGUGUUUGUUCCCACCAACAAUAAUGGAAAGGCACUCUGAGCCAACAUAUAGUGCUUUGAAACACCUUUCAGAGUAACUGAAUUGUUACUUGUAAAAGUGAAGACUUUUCUUUCUUCCUUUCUUUCUUUUUUUAAUGCAAGGCUUUACGUCCAGGGCUUAGUGCUGAGAGAAAAGGCUUGACAGGACUCCACCAUGAUUGAACUACCAGUCACUCAGACUUGAAGGCAGACGCUUUUUACAAUAAGUCCACCGGGCUGGAUAGGCAGUUGAGGUAUUAGCCAGUGAAUGUACCUUUUGUGUCCAGGAGUCACUCAGGUAACAACGUUAAAAGAAUAACAGAAUUACAGGAUAGUGUGCAGGCAGUCAUCUUCUUUCAGUCACCAGAUGGAAAUACUAAAGAGCAGAAAGGCUCUGCCUACGUGACAAAUCUCACUAAGUACAUGGCCACCAUACAGAGAUAUGAAAAAAUAGCUUCAAAUGGUGGAAAUGACUCUGAUUAUUAACCUGUACUGCACACCAUAUACAUACAAAUACAAGUAUUAAAAAAAAAAGAGGGAAACAGAGUGUAACAUGUUGACAACAGACUGGUUAUUGUGGUUGUUUCAUUUUUUGUUUUAUAGCCCUUAUAUUCAACCAAUCACAUAUUUAAGUGGACAGGUGGACAAUAAUCUGGCGCAUUUACUGUAAGUUCAAAUACAGAUGUGAAUAUGUAUAGUGUAAAUGUAAUACUAAACAAGUGUAUAUUAACCAGCUUUUGUCAAUAGGCUUUACUUUUCACACAUCACAAAUGAAAUCGUUUUAUCAGUAACAAAAAGCACUAAAAUGAGGAGACUACGUUUACUAAUGCUGUUCUUCAUGGUGUACAUACUGUAUCUCCACGGCUUUCUUGGGUCUUGACACUUUAACAAUGUGCAUAAAACCAAGCUUCCGGUUGCUAUGAAAUUCAAAUUGAUGCUAUUAUUGUGUUACACUGUAGAUCAAAAAGUCAGGUCCUUGUUGACCUCAGCGUUAUGUAAAUAUGAUUCUUAGACACAUGAUGUUCUAAACUUUCCAGUAUUAAGAAACUUAAUAAAAUAUGUUAUAGCUUAACAUAUUUUAUGCGGACCAUACAUUAAAACGUAAUGUUAGAGGGACAGAGAAGGGAGCAGUGUCAUAAAUUUUCUAAGGUUACGGAUACAGAUCACUGAGAAAAACAACAGCGAUCCACCAGCCCUCCAAGUGAACAUGAUGGCCAAUAGUUUGGGAGUCUGAUUCAUAAACUGAAUAUAUUUUCCAGACUCUUUAUUGUAAACACAAAUCUGCGAUGACUGUUGAACUCGAAGGGUGUUUUAAAUCACAUUGCAUAAUAUUGGCAGAACCGUUAGGUGGUUAAACCUUGAAUUCCUCUGCAAACAGUGCACUACCUUCCUCACUUUCAAAGCACAAUCACAUUGCUUCAAGCCACUUUUUUCUAACGGUGCCCCCUUUCACUGGAACCCUCUCCUCUCCCCCUGCCAUCUUGCUUUCUUCAUGACAUGUCAAUAAAGUUUAUAACUGUGUGCUGCUGUGCUACAAUAAUAUUGUGAAGGUAUGGGACCAGUGAAUUUGUAACAUCUAAAUGUGUGCUGCUUAUGAGACGUUUUGUUGAUGACAUGUUCUGAGACCUACAGCAAUGCUUUACUUUGGGGUACACAACUAAUCAAUCACUUCACAGUCAGUUGCUCAUUGUGAACUGCUUCAGUAAUGGAAAACCAGUGUUGCCUACAGAUAAAUCAAUAUAGGAAUAAUAUGUAUCAUUACUAUCAAGUUGAGAGUUGAGAGAUGAGAUGUUAUGGUUCUAAACGAUUUCUUUACAUUUCAGUUUCACAUGAGGACUUUUUAAAACAUGGCUUCAAAGACUUAGAUAAUAUGCUUUAUAGUGAACAUGGUGAACUUUUUUUUUUUAAAAAAAUCAUAUUUUAUUCAAAAAAACGAUUUUAAAUGCUUUUCGCAAAUUCAAACUGUGUUAAUGUACAUCACAUAUAUACAAGACAUAUAGAUAUCACUCACUAUUCUAAAUCAGUCAAGACUGACAGUUCAUUAUCCUGUUAGAUCAUUAGCUCCUAUAUGUUACCAUGCAUGGUUUAUCAUGAGCAUAAAAUUUAACAUAAUAGUAAACCUGAUCACGUCUAGACAUCCAGGCAUUAGUGGUGCACCCUAAAGUUAAGUAUCAGCUAAUCUAUCAAUGUCUCUGUUCUUAUGUAAUUUAUUUUUGUGUUUAUGUUUUUGACAUGUUCAUGCUGAACAUGCCGGUAUGGUAUACUCUAUCAUUUCAGGUUUAUUGGUAUGCUCAAAAAUGACAAACAGAGUUUUUCUGAUGACAAAAUGUGACAUCCUGCCAUGAUCAUUGCAAACAACUCAGCAUCAUGUAUAUGGUUAUGUAUUAAUUUAGCCUGUUAUAUCAUCACUGACAUGGUUCUUUUUGCAUGUGUGUUGGAUAAGAGAGAGUGAGAGAGAGAGAGAGAGAGAGAUGUUUUAAGAUGUAAAGUUUUUAAUAUUUUGUAAAUGAGUAGUUCAAACAAAUCUGCAUUCCAAAUGUGAUAUUUAUUCAUACUACACAGAUUGUACCAUCCUCCACUGUAUUAUUCCUUUGUAACAGAUUUGUUUGUCUGGUCUUUACAGGACAAAUGAGAAAAGAUUAUGAGGUGUCCAUUUAGAGACCUUAAAGCAAGCAAGAAUUGCUCAAGCUUUGCCCUUUGGGACCCUCUCUGCACUUCUCAUCUUCCCCUCCAACCGUUUUGCUCCAAAAUGUUUUCUUUUCCAUUUUCCCUUUUUGUCGGCUUUUGUAAAUAUGUCUUUUUUUUUUCCUUGAUCAGAUCUGCAAAUCUAUGGAUCACCAUGGUGUUAUUUUUAUAAAGUAAAAUGCUGUUGACCUUU